AUGGGUUGGCUGCCCAAGAAAAAGCCUCCAACAAAAUGGGAGCUGUUUGCCAAAAGGAAAGGUAUAGUAAAGCGCAAAAAGGACAAGCUUGUGUAUGAUGAGAAAACUGGUUCUUGGAAGCGCCGCCAUGGUUAUGAUCGCGUAAAUGAUGAUAAAGAUAUACCCAUCAUCGACGCAAAGGCAACUGAUGUCACCUUGGAACUUCCUUCAGAGCCAGGUGAAGAUCCUUUUGCCAAGAGACAAGCAGAAAAGAAAAAGAGAGUAGAAAAGCAAGAGAAGAAUCAGUUGCAGAAUUUGAAACAAGCUGCAAAAGUUGGGGCUCUACCAAGCCACAUUCAGCUUGCUGCUACAUCUCUGCCCAUAACUGGAACUCAAGCUGUGCCUAAGAAAGUAAGUAAAAAUGAACUUGAAAAUGUAGCUGGAAUGGCAGCAACCUCAACAGCCAGCGGUGGGAAAUUUGAUAAGAAGCUCCGGGGUGAAAAGCCUGCGAAGCACGAAGGGAAAUACCGCAAGUUCCUACCUGUAGUGGAAGGAUCAGGAAUGGGCUCACUAGAAAAGCAGCAAACUGAUAAAGUUCUUAAUAAGUUAAUCUCCAAGAAUUCCCACGAGAUACUAAAUGUGGAAAAGGCCGUAAAUAUGUAUAAUGUGAAGAAGGAUAAAAAGCGAAAGAACCAACAAGGAAGUCCUCAUCCUCAGGGAAGUUGA